AGUUUUACUGCAGCAAAACUGAAUGUACCAUUAAGUGAUGAUGUGCAAACGGAUGCUCAGCGUGAUUCACCAGUUAUUAAGCUACAAGUUGAAAAAGAUCAAUUUGGGCCUUCAUCAUUGCUUAAUGUUUAUCUUACGCAAAAACCAACUCGAUUCAAACAAUAUUUUGUUAAACUUGUCGACAUAUCACCGGACUUGGAGAUAGUAGCAAGGGAUUCAAAUCGAACUUUCCUACCUUCACCGCCAGAAUCAAAAGUUAUCAAUGUUCGAGGGUUACAUCCUGGUCAUCAGUAUAGGUGCAAAAUACUGUUGAUACUGUUUCAAUCGUUGGUAGAAAGGACGGUGAAUCGGUUUUACUGA